UUCCAGAAAUGCUUGCUUCAAAAAUAACAGUACCCUUGCCGAAGUUAAAAAAUCGAAAUGUUAUAAAGCCUUUGCUGUGCGGAGCAGGGCCCUGCGAUGUGUGGCCUUCUGUUUCUGAGGCUCUCAGCAAACCCACCUUAUCACCCAUAUGCGAUGAGUACUAUAAUGUGAUUGACGACAUACGCAAUGGUCUCAAGUAUCUCUUCCAAACAAAAUGCGAGCUGGUGCUUGCGAUGAGUGGUUCCGGACACUCUGGUAUGGAGGCCACCAUAACUAACCUCGUUGGACCAAAUGAGACCAUGCUGAUCGCGGCUAGAGGCAUCUGGGAUGAGCGCGCUUUGGACAUUGCCCAAAGAUACAAUAUCAACGUGAUACCUAUUCGUGUCCCAUUAAAGGUCACGUUCAGCUUGGAACGUAUUGAAACCGAGUUGAAGAAAUGGAAACCGACGGCCCUGUUCAUAACCCACGGGGAUUCCUCGACCGGCACCGUUCAGAGGCUGGAAGGCCUCGGGGAGUUGUGUCAUAAAUACGGCACACUUCUGAUAGUGGACACAGUAGUGUCACUAGGCGGAGUGCCGUUUUUAAUGGACGAGUGGGGAGUAGACGCUGCGUACGCAUCCACCCAAAAAGUUCUUAGCGGACCCGCCGGUAUAUCCCCGGUUGCAUUCAGCGAGAGAGCCGAACAGAAAAUAAACAACCGGAAGCACCAGCCGCCAUUUUACUUUGACAUCAAGCUGUUGGCCCAGCAAUGGAACUGCUACGGGAACACACGAGUAUAUCAUCACACAUUGUCUGCUCCUUUGUUAUGGGCUCUGCGACAAUGUAUACACGAAAUCUGUCAAAGAACGCUUCCGAUGCGCUGGAAGGCCCACGCCGAUGUCGUAGCGCAUUUCCACAAGCGUCUGCAGGAAAAUGGCUUCAAAUUGCUAAUCCCGAAACCUGAAGAUCGCUUGGCGACUGUUACCACAGUUGUGUUACCAGAGGGCUAUGAUUACAUAAAGUUUGUCAAAUACAUGCGAGAAUAUUACAAUAUUAUGAUACUGGCCGGCCUUGGGCCUACAGAGGGCAAAGCUCUACGAAUCGGUUUAAUGGGAGUGAACGCGACUACGCAAGUAGCGGACACCGUAGCAGACGCAAUGGCUGGCACUCUGACAGCACUUACUAAGUCGUCGCUGUGAAACGUGUUACUU